AUGAGGAUUCCGGCGACUCCACUGGCGGCUUUGUUGCUGUUGCUGCUGUGCUUCUUGGCGUCGGCUCAGGUCACACGAGGUGCAUCAGGGCCGCCGCCAGGCUGCCCCACCAGCUGCGGCGGCGUGAGCAUGCCGUACCCUUUCGGCAUCGGCGACGGAUGCCACUGGCCGGGAUUCAACCUCACCUGCGAUCGGACACGCGGCCGGCUGCUCAUCGGCGGCGGCGGCACACUCGAGGUCGUGGAGAUCUCGCUGGCCAACUCCACGGUGCGUGUCAAGGACAGCGCGGGCGCCGUCAACAUCACCUACCAUGGUACCCCCGACGGCAACGGCACCUGGGGCGGCCUCGCCGGCGCCGGCCCGUUCGUGGUCUCGGAGACGCGCAACCAGUUCGUGGUCACCGGGUGCAACGUCCAGGCCACCCUGCUCGGGGACACCGGCAACGUCAUCGCCGGCUGCUCCGCCUUCUGCGCCAUCAACGACAGGUGGGAGCAGGGCGCCGGCACGAGCUCCCCCGCCGCCGUCGCCGCCUGCUCCGGCAUCGGCUGCUGCGAGACGCCCAUCCCCAUCGGCCGCCCCUCCUACGGCGUCGAGUUCAAGUGGCUGGACCCCAACCACGAGAAAGACCACGAGCUGCCCAACACGGUGCGCGUCGCCGAGAGGGGCUGGUUCCAGGGCGCCUCCGCCGCGCUGCUCAACAACUCGCUCGCGGACUCCUCGCCCCGGACGCCGGUCCCCGUGGUGCUGGAGUGGGCGGUGGACUCCGCGCCGCUCGCGCCGCCGGCGCUGGCGACGACGGGCUGCCCCCGGGACGCGGCGAGGAGCGCGUGCCGGAGCAGCCUCAGCUCCUGCCGCAACGUCACCGGCAACUACCGCAGCGGCUACGUGUGCCAGUGCCAGGACGGCUACCAGGGCAACCCCUACGUCGCCGACGGAUGCCAAGACAUCGACGAGUGCGCGCUGCCCGGCCUGUGCUCCGGCGAGUGCACCAACACCCCUGGGGGAUACACAUGCCGGUGUCCGCGUGGUGCCCGUGGCAACCCACGCAUCAAAGAUGGAUGCAUAAAAUCCUCCCUAGGUUUAAGUGUCGGCAUAGGAAUUGGCAGUGGCGCUGGCCUUCUACUCCUAGUACUCGGUGCUAUUUUCGUGACCAGGAAGAUCAAGCAUCAAAGAGCAAAAAUGUUGAAGCAGAAGUUCUUCAAGCAGAACAGGGGACAUCUGUUGGAACAAUUGGUGUCGCAAAAGGCGGACAUCGCCGAGAGGAUGAUCAUCCCCUUGGUGGAGCUGGAGAAGGCCACGAACAACUUCGACAAAGCCCGGGAGAUCGGAGGAGGAGGGCACGGCACCGUGUACAAGGGGAUCAUGUCAGACGACCUGCACGUUGUGGCGAUCAAGAAGUCCAAGGUUGCGGUCCAGAGGGAGAUCGACGAGUUCAUCAAUGAGGUGGCCAUCCUCUCACAGAUCAACCAUCGCAACGUGGUCAAGCUCUUCGGGUGCUGCCUCGAGACGGAGGUGCCGCUGCUGGUCUACGAGUUCAUCCCCAAUGGGACCCUUUACCACCACCUUCACGUCGAGGAACCUCAACCAUCGCUGCCAUGGAUGGACCGGCUGAGAAUCGCAACAGAGACCGCCAGAGCUAUCGCGUACCUUCACUCGGCCGUAUCAGUCCCCAUAGUCCACAGGGACAUCAAGUCUCAGAAUAUUCUGUUAGACAGCACUCUCGUGGCAAAGGUGUCGGACUUUGGAGCUUCCAGAUGCAUUCCAGUCGAUCAAACAGGGGAGGCAACUGCCAUCCAAGGGACAUUCGGGUACCUAGACCCCGUGUACUAUUACACGGGGCGGCUCACCGAGAAGAGCGAUGUUUAUAGCUUCGGCGUUCUGCUCAUGGAGUUGCUCACCAGGAAAAAACCGUGCUCAUAUCGGUCGUCCGACGAGGAAAGCCUUGUCUCAUAUUUCACCACUUUGCUUGCAGCAGGCGACCUAGCUCGUGUCUUGGAUCCUCAGGUCGUGGAGGAAGGAGGCAAGGAUGUAGAAGAGGUAGCUAUGUUGGCGGCAGCAUGCGUGAGAAUGGAAGGUGACCACCGGCCGACCAUGAGGCAAGUGGAGAUGACGCUCGAGAGCCUUCAUGUAUCCCACGGAAACAUUGUGGCGUGUCACAUGGAUGCACCAAAUUAUUCUGUGAUUAAGGGUGCAAAUAGGGAGGAGGUGAGCAGACAAUAUAGCUUGGAAGAAGAGUAUUUGUUGUCAUCAAGGUACCCCAGGUAG